AUGUCGCUCGACGGGGAGACCACUACGACGCUCCUCUCCUCGCUCGACUCCGUCGUUCCCCCGGCCAUGUCGCAGUUUGACGCCUUCCCCAAGGUAGCGGGCUCGUACAAGCAGCGGUCGGAUUCGCGCGGUUUCCUCACCAUCUUCGUCGCAUUCGUCACAUUCGUGCUCAUGCUCAACGACGUCGGCGAGUUCCUCUUUGGCUGGCCCGACCACGAGUUCAGCGUCGAUCCCGAGACCAGCAGCUUCAUGAAUGUCAAUGUCGAUUUGGUCGUCGCCAUGCCCUGCUCAUUUAUCAGUGUCGACUUGCGCGACGCCGUUGGCGACCGCCUCUUCCUCAGCAACGCCCGCAGCGGAAUCCGCCGAGACGGCGUUAAGUUCGAUGUCGGACAAGCCACCAAGCUCAAGGAACACUCGGACGCCCUUUCUGUCCGCCAAGCUGUCGCCCAGUCCCGCAAGUCGCGCGGUCUACUUGCAGGCUUGUGGCAAUGGGACUCGUCGCCCUACAUGCCCAGCUACAAACACGAACCGGACGGUCAAGCAUGUCGCGUUUCUGGACAGUUGGAAAUCAAGAAGGUUACCGCCAAUCUGCAUAUUACGACCCUCGGCCAUGGAUACGCAUCGAACCAGCAUGUAGACCACAACCUGAUGAAUCUCUCCCAUGUGAUCACCGAGUUUUCGUUUGGACCAUUCUUCCCUGCUAUAGUCCAGCCGCUGGACAACUCGUUUGAGAUUACCCAUGAACACUUCGUCGCAUACCAAUACUUCCUCCAUGUCGUGCCCACAACCUAUAUUGCCCCGCGGUCCAGCCCAUUGCGUACAAACCAGUACAGUGUUACACAUUAUACGCGUAUCUUGGACCACCACAGCGGCACACCCGGAAUCUUCUUCAAAUUCGACCUAGACCCCAUGAGCAUAACCAUCCACCAACGGACAACGUCGUUCAUCCAGCUUAUCAUCCGUUGUGUGGGUGUCAUUGGUGGUGUCUUCACCUGCAUGGGUUAUGCAAUCAAAGUCGGAACUGCUGCAGUCGAAGCAGUCACCGGGGGUGAUUCAUCCAACGACAUCACCCCCGCCGCUGUCACUUCCUCGAGCUCCCUUCGCAACAAGUUCCCUGGCUCGACCUUGCGUUCCCGCCCCAAAUCCGGUCGACUCAUACCGCAAGGAAACGGUUGGGUCAUGGAAGGCACGCCGGGCUCUCCUGGGAGUGGAUAUGGGAGUCCAUCUGGAACGCCUGUGUCCGCCACAUUUUCCACGCCAGCGUCGCCGUAUAUGGCGCAAUCACCAUACUCGCCUGUUCCACAUUCUCCGUACUCCCCAGCCCCGCAUUCUCCAGCGAUGAUGCCCGGCUCGCAGCCCGGCACACCCAAUCUCGGGUUCGGACCCAACCCGCUCAGUGCAGGCCCACCAAGACGGGGUCACGCAGGCGUCGGCAGCCCCCGCCCGCUCAGCGUGUCCAGCUCAAGCUUCCCUGGCGCGGGCAGCAUGCCAGGUACCCCGUCAUAUGGUGUCUUCCCUCCGACGCCAGGUCCAGCAACGGGUGGCUUCAAUGUACCGCCCCCGCCGAGAGCAAACGGGAAUGGGAGCACCAGUCCGGCAGGCAGGAAGGAAAAAGAUGACUGA